AUGUUUUACAACGAGGUUGCAGGCCAAAUAAUUGACACACAUAAAAAGAGGAGUGUCAAUGAGGCAAAUGUCAAUAAAGAGUCUGGUUUGGAACACAGUUUAGAGGCACAGUUUGUUGAGACUCCCGCUGGAGAACUAAGGCCUAAAGGAUUACACAUUUUGGAUAAAAAUGAAAUUAAAGCAGAGAAUCUUGAUCACCACCUUUUCAAACAACAGUAUUUACGGCCUCGUUCAAAGGAGAAGAGAAAUUUUAAUGUUGGGAUCCUGGAUUCUCUUUGGCCAAAUGGAAUUAUACCUUAUGUAGUUAAACACAGCAAUGGUGCAUCUAAGACUUUAAUUAAGGACUCAAUAGAAGAAUUCAAUAAACACACAUGCGUACAGUGGAUACCAAGAGAUGAUGAGCCAGAUUAUGUAGCAUUUGAAGAUGGGGGAGGAUGUGGAUCUUGGAUUGGUAUUGUUGGUGGUAAGCAAAGUAUUACAUUGCAAGAUCCUGGAUGUAUAAAUGUUGAAACAGUGAUCCAUGAGAUGUGCCAUGCUUUAGGACAGCUACAUGAACAGAGCCGUUACGAUAGAUACCCAUAUCUCAGAACCAACUGGCAAAAUAUACCAGUUACGUGGGCAUACAAUUUUGAUAUGGCUUACACAAAUAACCAUAACCCAUAUGAUCAACAUUCUGUUCUACAGUAUAGCUUGUCUUCAUUCAGUACAAGUAAUAGUAAGAAGAGUAUGUACCUGACAGAUUCCAAACUUAAUUUCCUGACAGAACAGACAAGGAACCUGACAUUUUAUGAUAUACAAGAUAUAACUGAUACAUACCAGUGUACUAAAGACUGCAGUGACCCUCCAGUGUGUGAUAAUGGUGGAUUUGUAGAUUUUCGCUGUCAGUGUUUAUGUCCAGAAGGACUAAAAGGACCAACUUGUAAUGAAACAGAAGGAAACUGUGGAGGAAUAGUGGACUUGACUGUUGGUAAACCUUACAUGAUCAAAUCUUCAAAUUAUCCAUCACCAUAUAGUAUUGGGGAUAACUGUGUUUGGGCUUUAAAGGCUCCAGCCAGUGCUAAAAUUAAGGCCACAAUAACAGACAUGGACAUAGCUUAUAAUCAUGAGCUGACAAGAUGUUAUCAUUGGUUAGAAGUUCAGUAUAAUUUGAUUGCACAACCGGGAAUUAUAAAAUGUGGAGAGCUACAAGGUGGACAGACAUUAGAAUAUGAAACAACUAAUAAUGGAGAAUACAACUUGAUGAUGUUUAAAUUUGAUAGUCAAUUUGUAAGCAGUAAGGAGCCAACUAGAGGAUUCUUUAUGAUUGUUGAGGCCUUCAGUGCAGGUUGUCAUAAUAACCCCUGUGAUUCUGGAGGAACCUGUGUAGAAGGACCAGGAGAUGGAACCUUUGUUUGCUUAUGUUUACCUGGCUACAGUGGAAUUACUUGUAACAAAGUGAAUGCUACAGCUGUUGUUACAUGUGACUUUGAAACAGAUCUGCUUGGGAAUUGUUUUAUGGAUUCAGACAGAACUACUGAUAUAGAAUGGAGCAUGUUAUCGGCAUUUUACAUGAGUUCCAGAACAGUUUACCCACAGACAGGUCAUAUUAUGGCGGGUUUAUAUAUUUACAAACUGACAUAUUAUGGUGAUGUUGCUCGACUUGUCACAAAUUUAGAUUUUGAAGCUGGAGAUAGAUGUUUACAGUUGGAAUACCAGAUUACAGUAUAUGCAAAUGAUCCCAAUUUCUACCUGGAUAUAAGUUACACUGGUAAAGAUCAGUCUAAGACAUCACUUUUAUACCAGAAAACAGAUACUUCAAACAAGUGGAAAAGUUUAGAUCUGGAUAUACCAUCAGUUGAGGAUUUAAAGAUUACCAUAGAAGCUGCAGUUGGUGAUCGUGAAGUGAUUAUUGAUAAUCUUGUUCUGUCACCAGGGCCAUGUAGUGGACCAUGUGCAUCUACCAAGCCAUGCCAGAAUGGAGGACUUUGUAUUCCCAAUGGUUCUACAAAAUACACUUGUCAAUGUCUGACUGGAUUUACUGGGGAGGAUUGUACACUGACAGGAGCAUUAACCACAUACAGCUGUACAUUUGAAGAUGGUGCAGAUUGUUUUCUGUCACAAUCAAAGACUGAUCAAAAGAACUGGGUUGUUACAUCUAAAGCAACACCAUCAGCAGUUACUGGACCAUCAUUUGCUGCAGAAGGAUUAUUCUUCAGUUAUCUAGAAACAUCAUCAACAAACGAGGGACAAAAAGCUGUUUAUCAAGCAAAUGUUGAAUUUCAAGCAACUGACAGAUGUUUGAUAUUCAGCUAUCAUAUGUUUGGAUUGUCUGUGUCCAGUCUAGCAGUAAAAGUAAAGGGAAAUGAGAUAGAGGAAACUGUCAAAUGGAUCAAAUAUUACUCCCAUGGUAACAGGUGGCAUCAAGCUGGGAUAGAUAUACCUUCUAUGGCUGGUCUGGAGAUUUACAUUGAAGCUUCUAGUGGUGGUGAUUAUAUGGGAGACAUUGCCAUAGAUGAUGUACUGCUUAGGCCUGGACUUUGUUUAUGUGAUUCCAGUCCAUGCAUGUUUGGUGGAACCUGUAUCCCUGUUGACAGCUCCACCUAUCAGUGUUCAUGUGCAGCUGGAUUUAGUGGAGAAAAUUGUCAAAUUGUUGAUACUGCAGCUUUGAUCUGUUCAUUUGAGAAUACAUUUUGUUCUUUCUUGGAGCAAGACCAGAACAAUGAUACUAUAGACUGGAAGUUAAAUGAUGGACACACAUCAACGUCAGGAACAGGACCUUCCAGUGCUGCAGCAGGGACAUACUACCUGUACAUAGAGGCUAAGGGUAACUCGGACUCUACUGCCAGACUGCACUCACUACAGCUAUCAGAAACUGAGCAUUGUAUGAAGUUCUCCUACUAUAUGUAUGGUGUAAAUACUGGUUCCCUGAAUGUGAUAACAGAUGAUGGUGGAGGGGAGAUAACUCAGUGGACACGAUCUGGAGAUCAAGGACAAAGUUGGCAUCAAGUUGAAAUUGAUUUGAACUUUACUUCAACAUCUAGGAUGAUAAUAGAAGGAAUUGUGGGAAGUGGAGAAAAAUCUGACAUUGCUGUAGAUUUUAUUUUUAUAUCACCUUUGUCUUGUGAUAAGAAUGCAUCUUUUUGUUCUCCAAAUCCAUGUCAGAACACUGGAAUAUGUACGGAAACAGCCCUAUCUUUUACUUGUAGUUGUAAAAAGGAGUUUACUGGAAAUGUCUGUGAAUUGGAAGUGGUUGAUGGUAACUGGGGAUCCUGGACUGAUGGCUCAUGUUCAGUAACAUGUGGCGAUGGACAAAUAGUAAGAACUCGUACAUGUGAUGAUCCAUUACCGGCCAAUGGUGGAGCAUCUUGUGAAGGAUCAGCCAAUGAAAUUGAAGUUUGCAAUGAAGGGGCAUGUCCUCCAGUCAAUGGUAACUGGGGAUCAUGGUCCGAUUUUACUUCCUGCUCAGUAAGUUGUGGUGGAGGUACACAGGCCAGGAUAAGAUCAUGUGAUAAUCCUGUUCCAGAGUCUGGAGGAAUAUACUGUAUGGGACCAGCUACAGAAUCACAGUCGUGUAAUGAUGAAAAAUGUCCAGCUGAUGAAACAUUUACUUGUACAUUUGAGGCCAGUGACAGUUCCUGUUUUCUUACUGAUGAAAAAAAUCCAUCAAGAGAUAUAUUUGAUUGGACUACAAACUCUGGUCCCACUAAAAUAAAGAAGACUGGGCCCUCAUUUGCAGCCAGUGGAACAUUUUACAAAUAUAUAGAAACUUUGAAACCUAGGAAGAAAGGACAAAAUGCAAGGCUUGUCAAUUCACAGAGUCUUAAAGCUUUAAGUAGAUGUCUCAGCUUUUCCUACAACAUGAAUGGUCCCCAAAUAGGAUCUCUGAAUGUUCUACGUAUAGAUUCUGACGGACAGGAAACAAUUCUAUGGAGUAAAAAUGGAAACAAGGGAAAUGUGUGGAGGCACGGAAAUGUUAAUGUUAUUACUGAACCAGAUCUGCAGCUGGCAAUAGAAGGUGUUGUAGGGGGAAAGAAAGGACACAUUGCUGUGGACAAUAUUUUACUGAAACCAGAGGAAUGUCCACCCUGUGAUGUUGAACCCUGUCAGAAUGGAGGAGUUUGUUCUGUGACAGGUGAUUCUUAUAUAUGUGCCUGUCCUGCAGGAUUUGGUGGUCCCAACUGUCAGUAUAUAGAUGCUGAAGGAUAUUGCUCCUUUCAGAUGACUGAUCCAGAUUGUUUCCUAAUACAAGAUGUUACAGAUAAUUUUGAUUGGUCAAGAGAUCGUAGUACUAGAACUAAGAAUACAGGUCCACUUUCAUUUUUAGCUGGAAAAUAUUACUUUAUUGAGGCUAGUAGUAAGCCAAUUGGUUCUAAAGUUAGAUUGAUCAGUAAUGUACAGUAUUCAAAUAAAGCAAGAUGUUUAACUUUUAACUAUAAUAUGUAUGGAGACCAGACUGGGGAAUUAAAAAUCCUAACUGUGGAUUCUGAUAAUACAGAAACAGAACUAUGGUCAGUAUCUGGGAACCAAGGAAACCAGUGGACAGGUCAGAUGGUCAGUGUGCAGACAGAACCUACCUCUAAGAUUGUUUUUGAGGCAUCAGUAGGGGGUGACAGAGGAGAUAUUGCCAUUGAUGAAGUCAGACUUCUAACUACAGACUGUAAUCCAUGUUCACCUAUUGACCCUUGUAGAAAUGGAGGAUACUGUUCAGUGUCAGGUGAUACUUAUACAUGUACAUGUCAGUCAGGGUUUGAUGGUCCGGAGUGUCAGUAUAUAGAUUCCCAGAGAUAUUGUUCCUUCGAGAAGAAAGAUCCAUCCUGUUUCUUGGUACAAGAUCAAAUCAGUGAUAAUUUUGAUUGGAGUAGAAGUAGGAGAACACCCACUUUAGCCACAGGUCCAACAAAAGCAGCAGAUGGGAUCACAUUUUAUUUCAUAGAAGCAUCUAAGCAAUCUAUAAAUAACAAAGCCAGAUUGAUUAGUGAUGUCAAGUUUUCAAAUAAAACUAGAUGUUUUACUAUGUCAUAUCACAUGUAUGGAGAUCAGAUUGGGACAUUAAGAGUUCUUACUCGUGACUCUGAUGAUACUGAAACGGAACUAUGGUCUGUGUCAGGGAAUCAAGGAAACCAAUGGAUAGGCCAGAUGUUCAGUGUCCAAACUUUGCCAGACUCUAAGAUAGUUAUUGAGGGUUUAGUAGGAGGAAAUAAAGGAGACAUUGCUAUAGACAAUAUCAAACUGUAUAUUAAAGAUUGUGUUCCAUGUGGACCAAUCAACCCUUGUAGGAAUGGGGGAUAUUGCUCAGUGUCUGGUGAUUCUUAUACUUGUAAUUGUGCAGCUGGAUUUGGUGGACCAGAAUGUCAGUAUACAGAUGCAGUGAAAACAUGUACUUUUGAGAAUUCAGAUCAAAUGUGCUUUCUAACAGAUGAGACAACUGACAGCAUAAAUUGGAAAAGACAAAGGGGUUCAACAAAAACUAAAAAUACAGGACCAGCAAGUGCUGCUAUUGGUAAUAAGUAUACUUACCUAGAGUGUACUGGACAAAGUAUUGGUUCUAAAGUUAAACUUAUUAGUAAUAUUCAAUUUUCAGAUUCAACACGAUGUUUGACAUUCUGGUAUCACAUGUAUGGUAGUCAGAUAGGAACAUUACGUGUCAUUAGCAGGUCAUCUUCUCUACAGGAGACAGAACUGUUGAGUAUUUCUGGAAACCAAGGCAACAAAUGGCUAUUGAAGUCAGUCACAGUGUCUACGUUGCAUGAUUCAAAGCUUAUAAUAGAAGCAUCUGUAGGUGGAGACAAAGGAGAUAUAGCACUAGAUAAUAUUAGUCUGUUGACUAGUCCUUGUGGAGGCGGAUAAUGAAGAGUAAAACUAAAGAAAUGCUAUGAUGCUAUUAAUGCACAUAAUCAUUGAAGGACGAUGGACUAAAGGAGGACUGAAAGAUUAUUUCUGAUGAAAGUCUAUAGAUAUUAAAUGAAAAUAUUUAUUUUUGUAAAAAUUAUUGUUAUGUCCUUACUUUCUCCUUACUAAGAUCAUUGGCCAUUGUUUUUUUGUUUUUUUUAAAUCCAUAGAUUUUUCAUAAAAAUUGCUGUUUUUGGGGUUGAAAUAUUUUUAAACCAACCUUCUUACUUGGGGAUAGAUUAAAUUUAGAACUCUUGAUAUAUCAUUUAGGCACAAUAUUUUAAAGUUUACUCUCAAGUGAUUAAUGUGCAUGUCUCUGUUCUCUAAUAAACUUUCCUUCAAAUGUCUCAUUUGUUUUGUUCAGAUUAAUUUUGUUUUUAUAAAGUUAUAUCUUGUGCAUAACAAUGCAAAUUGUUUGUAAAAUGUUAUAUUAUUAUGUAUGAUGAUCUUUGCUUAAUUAAAACAAGGUAUGAAUAUGAUAAUAUUUUAUGAUGAGAUUAUUUACAGUAAAUAUAUUUUAUUGAUAUAAAUGUUUAUUAGUUUGUCUUAUCUCUUGUAAUAAACAUUUGUAUAAUUUAAAGAUCAGCUUGUCCUAUUACUUUGAUAUUUGAUCCAUAUGGAAGUUGUGCCAGAAUGCAGUCAUGUUUUCUUUGACAAUAAACACAAACAAUUUA